UGGAAGAAUAUAAAUCUUAUCAAUUUUCUUCCAAUUUGUCGGUGAUAAAUUGGGAUUUAUUUAUUUAUUAUUAUUUUUUAAUCCUUUCUAAUUCCAUGACUCUUUAAGCAAGUGAAAUUCUCUUUAAAAUUCAAUUCCUCUGAAAUCCUGAUUACAAACACAGUUCAUACUUCAUAUCAGUGAUAAGAGUCAUUACACUCUCUCUCCCAUUCUGAUUUGCUGUCCAGUCUCUCUGCGCAUACAUAUCUGUUUGCAUAUGUAAUAUGUGAGUAUGUAUAUUAUGAACCAGAUUUGAUGCUUCUGGACCAGUGAAGACCCUUAAAUCUCUCCGUGCAAAUGGCCGGAAAACACUUUUCGGCUUACGGAAACCCUAGAUUCAAAUCUCUGAUCCUCAUCUUUGCUUUCUCUCUCGUCGCUCUCUCCAUCGUCUUUUACUUCUUUUCCGUUUUCUCUUCUACUUCUUCUCACUCCAUCCCAAUCCGCACCUCUCAAAACCCAAAUUCUCAUUCUGCCGAGUACUCCUUCGUCGCCUCCCUAGAGAAUUUCCUCGUGUCAACCUCCACGUUUCAAAGAUCUCACACUGUUUCGGAUGAUACGGUGAGUACAGUGCGUGUAGAGGAUGUGAAGAAGCUGGAUGAUAUGAUAUGGAAUAGAGAGACAGAGACUCUCUAUGAAGACUCAUCGUAUCCAGCAUCUCCACUGUCGGUGGCUUCGUCAGCUAUCAAGGUUUACGUUUACGAUAUGCCGGCGAAAUUCACUUACGAUCUGCUAUGGUUAUUCCGAAAUUCAUACAAAGAGACCUCGAAUCUCACGUCUAAUGGUAGCCCAGUGCACCGUUUGAUCGAACAGCAUUCUAUUGAUUACUGGCUGUGGAGGGAUUUGAUUGCUCCAGAAUCGGAAAGGCUUCUGAAAAAUGUUGUGAGAGUUAAGCGGCAGGAGGAGGCAGACCUAUUCUACAUUCCAUUUUUCACAACCAUCAGCUUCUUCUUGUUGGAGAAACAGCAAUGCAAGGCACUUUAUAGGGAAGCUUUGAAGUGGGUGGCAGAUCAGCCUGCCUGGAAGAGGUCUGAAGGAAGAGACCACAUACUUCCUGUUCAUCAUCCGUGGUCUUUCAAGUCUGUUCGCAGAUUUAUGAAGAAUGCAAUUUGGCUUCUGCCUGAUAUGGAUUCCACAGGCAAUUGGUACAAGCCUGGGCAAGUUUAUCUAGAGAAAGACCUGAUACUUCCUUAUGUUACCAAUGUUGAUUUGUGUGAUGCGAAGUGCUUAUCACUAACUGAAUCGAAGAGAAGCACACUACUAUUUUUUCGGGGGAGGCUUAAAAGAAAUGCUGGAGGAAAGAUACGUGCUAAACUUGUGGCAGAACUAAGUAGUGCUGAGGGUGUAGUUAUUGAGGAAGGGACAGCUGGAGAGGCUGGGAAGGAAGCAGCUCAGAAUGGCAUGAGAAAGUCUACUUUUUGCCUAAAUCCAGCUGGUGACACUCCAUCAUCCGCUAGACUGUUUGAUGCUAUUGUCAGUGGGUGCAUUCCUGUCAUAAUCAGUGAUGAACUAGAACUUCCUUUUGAAGGAAUACUUGAUUAUCGGAAGAUAGCUCUGUUUGUUUCUUCUUCAGAUGCUGUGCAGCCGGGUUGGCUUGUAACAUUUCUCAGAAGUAUUAGUCCUGCUCAAAUUAGAGUGUUGCGGAUGAAUCUAGCUAAGUACUCGAGACAUUUCUUAUAUUCCCAUCCAGCUCAACCUUUGGGUCCGGAAGACUUGGUUUGGAGAAUGAUGGCUGGUAAGUUGGUAAACAUCAAGCUUCACACCCGAAGAUCACAGCGUGUGGUGAAAGAAUCUAGAAGUGUGUGCUUUUGUGAUUGCAGGCGUGCCAACUUUACAAGUCCAGGUUCCUCUUCUUGAUUGUUGAACACGGGUUUUUUUCAAUCAUCUUUUAUAAGUGUCAGGUUGCUCGUCUAAAACUCACAGAUACAUUAUCGUAUUUUGGAAUUUACUUUAUUUAUAGUCAAAUUUAUAUGUAAACGAUGUAACAGAAAACUGUGUUUAUCAUCAAGAAUUAAAGAAACACGUGAUUCUGCUCUUCCUUCUCAA